GUGCGCGCCCGAGCUGAAGAGUUUCUGAAGGCUGAGGGCCGCGUGCCGCCACCGCCCUCUUAGGAGGCGCGGGCCGGCGGAAGCCAUGUUUGUAGCGCGCAGCAUCGCGGCAGACCAUAAAGAUCUCAUCCAUGAUGUCUCUUUCGACUUCCACGGGAGGCGAAUGGCGACAUGCUCCAGCGACCAGAGCGUUAAGGUGUGGGAUAAAAGUGAAAGUGGGGAUUGGCAUUGUACUGCUAGCUGGAAGACACAUAGCGGAUCUGUAUGGCGUGUGACAUGGGCCCAUCCUGAAUUUGGACAGGUUUUGGCUUCUUGUUCUUUUGACCGAACAGCUGCUGUUUGGGAAGAAAUAGUAGGCGAAUCAAAUGAUAAACUUCGAGGCCAGAGUCACUGGGUUAAAAGGACAACCCUAGUGGAUAGUAGAACAUCUGUUACUGAUGUGAAAUUUGCUCCAAAGCAUAUGGGUCUUAUGUUAGCAACCUGUUCAGCAGAUGGCAUAGUAAGAAUAUAUGAAGCGCCAGAUGUUAUGAAUCUCAGCCAGUGGUCUCUGCAGCAUGAGAUCUCAUGUAAGCUAAGCUGUAGUUGUAUUUCUUGGAACCCUUCAAGUUCUCGGGCUCAUUCUCCCAUGAUAGCUGUAGGAAGUGAUGACAGCAGUCCAAAUGCAAUGGCCAAGGUUCAGAUUUUUGAAUAUAAUGAAAACACCAGGAAAUAUGCAAAAGCUGAAACUCUUAUGACAGUCACUGACCCUGUACAUGACAUUGCAUUUGCUCCAAAUUUGGGAAGAUCCUUCCAUAUUCUAGCGAUAGCAACCAAAGAUGUGAGAAUUUUUACAUUAAAACCUGUGAGGAAAGAACUUACUUCUUCUGGUGGUCCAACAAAAUUUGAAAUCCAUAUCGUGGCUCAGUUUGAUAAUCAUAAUUCUCAGGUCUGGCGAGUGAGUUGGAAUAUAACAGGAACAGUGCUGGCAUCUUCAGGAGAUGAUGGCUGUGUAAGAUUGUGGAAAGCUAAUUAUAUGGACAAUUGGAAGUGUACUGGUAUUUUGAAAGGUAAUGGAAGCCCGGUCAGUGGGAGUUCUCAGCAGGGAAACACAAAUCCUUCCCUAGGUUCAAAUAUUCCAAAUCUUCAGAAUUCAUUAAAUGGAUCUUCUGGUGGCAGGUAGGCUGUUUUGUGGGAAAACUAGAAAUUAUCUUCUUUUUAAAGCAUUCUGGUAAUUAUACUAAAGGCAGGUUAUUUCAUGAGUUAUAAGAUAGAAUGAAGAAAUUUAUAUGUAAUUAUGGUAGUAGAAUUAAGAAGUCAUUUUGUUAGCUCUGUAUUUGGCUUACUUGGUUGUAAUAUUUACAGGUAGAUCAUGAGGCCCCAAAACUAAUUGUAUUCCAGAAUUUAGUGGUCUAUCCCUAGAAAUGUUUAUAGUUUUUGAGAUUUUAUUUUUUGCAAUAGUGAGAGGAAGAGGCACUGUAGUUUAAUAGAGUUUUAGUCCUAGAUGUACAGUAGUGUUUUUAAGGCUUACAGUGUCACCUUUUCAUCAAGUCAAACUCAAGUUUUGAAUAAAAUACGUUAAAUUAAAGCUUUGUAAGGCAGGGUGCAGUGGCUUAAUGCUUGUAAUCCUAGUACUCUGGGAGGCUGA